GUCAUGCAGCGGUGCCCUGCCUGAAUUGGCCGGGUCUCCGGUGGGUGUGCACGGCCCCCACCCCCCGCCCCUGCCAGCCCUGCCGAACCCUCCCUGGCUCAGCCCCCGGCAACGUGCAGCGCUCUCUUCUCGCCUUCCUAGAAGGGCUCAACUACACUUUCAGCUCCUCCAGACUUUCUCCGCUUUUGCCGUACAGAGGCACCCUCCCUCUGGUCCAGCUCCUCCCGUGCCUGCCUCUCUGUCUCCACGCUAUCCCGUUAAAAGGCUGCUGCUCCUGCUCCGCUGAACCAAUGCACUGGCUGACUUGAUCUGGGAUGAAGGCUGGAGGUUAUCGGCGCGGGAACGGAGAAGAACUCUAGGCAGCUUUCCAUUUGCGAAGUGAGCAGUAAUUGCAAGAAGACAACCUCCCCAGUUGGAAUCAAUAGUCUGCUUUCUUGCUGCUAAGGGCACUUUGGAGCAGCAGUAGGUCACUGAAGUAACUUCAGCACACUGCUGACUGCGGAGUUGUAAAGAACUAUAUGCAAGUGGCUGCAGUAGUGCUGGAAAACGCUUUGCUGUUACCAGGGACACAAUAGUUUUCAAGUCAUUAGAGCUUUGCUUCUGGUCCGCUCCUUCCAUUACACAGAGAGGGUCCUCCUUUGGAGGGAUGAGGAUGGAGCUGUGAUUUUUCUCCAGUGUUGUUCUAGAGGAGGGGACAAGAGAGGGGGAAAGAGGCUGUAGAAGCAAAACCCUACUGCUGCUGAACUCAAGUUCACUUGAAUUUCCCCAAAUCUUUGCAGGCACAGAGAGGCACAAUGCCAGAAAAUCUGAAUCUUCUUCGGGCUUUUGGGGGGGUUUUCUUUAUCUUCUGGACAGCUUUUAACACAGCCUUAGUGGAUGUGGUUGGAUCGGAGCAGCAGAUCCCCUUGUCUGUUGUAAAGCUCUGGGCCUCAGCAUUUGGUGGAGAGAUCAAAUCUAUUGCAGCCAAAUACUCAGGUUCCCAGCUCCUGCAGAAGAAAUACAAAGAGUAUGAGAAGGAUGUUGCAAUAGAAGAAAUCGAUGGCCUCCAGCUUGUGAAAAAGUUAGCAAAGAAUAUGGAAGAAAUGUUUCAUAAGAAGUCUGAAGCUGUACGG